GGACUUCGAGAUGGACGUGGUGGCCAUGGUGAACGACACCGUGGCCACGAUGAUCUCCUGCUACUACGAGGACCACCGGUGCGAGGUUGGGAUGAUCGUGGGGGCGGGCCGGGACCCGGGCUAAAUGGAGGAGAUGCACAACGUGGAGCUGGUGGAGGGCGACGAGGGCAGGAUGUGCGUCAACACGGAGUGGGGCGCGUUCGGCGCCUCGGGGGAGCUCGACGAGUUCCUCCUGGAGUACGACCGCGUGGUGGACGAGACCUCGCUUAACCCCGGUCAGCAGCUCUACGAGAAGAUCAUCGGGGGCAAGUACAUGGGGGAGAUCGUCCGGCUGGUGCUGCUGAAGCUGGUGGACGAGAACCUGCUCUUCAACGGCGAGGCCUCCGAGAAGCUCAAGACCCGCGGCACCUUCGAAACCCGCUUCGUGUCGCAGAUCGAGAGGUAUUCGGGGCCGGCGCCCCCAAACCGCCCCACACCCAGGGGGGUGCCCUGUGCCCUCGCCCCACAGCAGCGGGCUCUGAUG